UGCUUCUCGCUCGUGUGGACUUGUGUGUGUGUGCGUUAGACGAUUCCAGUGAGUUCUAGACGAGUAUGAGCUCCACGGUGCGAGUGCUGAGACGAGGUGUCUCGGUUCAUCGAGGUGUAUUCCAGAUCAUUGCCAUGAGAACUCUUAUAGUGGCGCCUCAGAGACGACAGACGAAGAGGAAGCACAAGAGAAGGCCAGCGGCUAGCGGCGAUGCUGUUCACAUCAAUCAUGAGGCCAGGGUGCUGGACGAUAAGCUGAGGGAGCUGCAGAAGCUCGCGCAGUCCGUGAAACAAGACAUUGCUCAGAGGAAGGAGGAGAAGAUUCAACAGAUGAUGGACCUUGAACACGACACAGAAGACGCAGAUAUCGAUAUGCUGUACAACGAGCUGAUGAUAGAAGGAUCGAAGAGCAAUGACACGUUGAAGAUCUCUGAUGGCCAGAGCAAUACCUCCGUAUCGCUCUUUGACACCCCGGCUAAGGGCAUCAACCUUCCAAGGCCAAUACUGGACAGGCUGGACGAUUCUGUAAGGAACAUCGUUGUCAAGGACCGUUCUAACUGGAAUGCCGUGGUUUCAGACUUGUACACCAAGAAGGAAGGCUUUAAAGGCCUGACGUCAAAGGACGUUGGCCAGUUCAUGAGUGAGAUCCCUGCUGGGUCGAUCAACGUUGCAAGUGUCUCAAUGGUCGACUCCAUGAUGAAAGACGCCUCUAUGGAUUAUACAAGGCAUAGCUAUGACUUCUUCAUGAAGCACUACGCCGCAAAUGGCGAUGCUGUGAAGACUCAGGAGCUGUUCGAUCUCUAUUCUAAAGUGCACGAGCCGUCUUUAUACAUGUAUGGUCAUCUCAUCAAGGCCUACGUCGCAAAUUCCAACUUGUCACGUAUAAACGUUGCACUUGAAAAGAUGUUCGACAAGGGAAUCGAACCAAGCUUACAGAUAUAUACAAACGUCUUACAACUAUGUGUGGCUCUUGAUGACUCGAAGCAAGCAGAUGAGGUGUUCCAAAUGAUGAAGUUCAGGUCUGUGAAGAGCAAGCCAGAUGUGCAUGCGUACAACAAGAUGAUCCACCUGGCAUGCAAGGACAGAGACAUUCAUAGAGCAUUUGAUCUCUACCACGAGAUGCUGAGCGAAAAGCUGAGGCCUGAUAUAUUCACCUACGACACCCUGAUUCGCUCAUGCUCCAAGACCAACGACCACAUUGUCGAUGGCUACAACUUCAUUUCGAAGGUCUACGAAACAGGACUAGAACUGGGUGUCAAUACAUUCCAAUCGAUGCUGAGACUGGCUGCCCGUGACGGUGAUCUGGAACUCGCCAGAGCACUGUAUCUCUUGAUAUUCGAGAAAAGAGGUGAACCGAACGCAGAAUCGUUGGUAUAUCUGAUGAUGGCGUACAGAGAUUUCAGAGAGGGCCAUGUUCCCCAGAUCUUCCAUCAUAAGGAUGGAUCCAACAUGCGGCGUAACGUGCUAAGAAUGGUGGACUUCAUGGGCUUGCACCAAACCGACGUUGAUGACAUCCAGCUUCAAAGACGUAGAGAGAUGUAUCCACCUCUGCUGCCUCUCAGUAACGUCAGAGCUCCAAAACACAUCAUUGCUGAAUCCAAUGCCAUUUGGGCAUGGAACAUCGCAAAGAAUCGAACGCUCUUGAACAGUCGUACAUUGAUACCCUACUUACGAAUCUCAGUGGAGCACGGGGACAAGGAUGAGUUUCAAAGACGGUGGAACCAAUACACCUAUGCAUGCAAGGAAAUUGGCAAAGAUGAUGUUAUCAUCAUGGAGCAGCAGGACGAUGGUUCUAAUGCUGAACCCGACGACAACCUUUCACCACCAGCAUUGAGCUUUGUUAAACAGAUGAACUACUCCAUUGAAAGGAACAGCGAGCUCUAUCUCACAUACCUGUCAGCUGGUAAGAGAUUCGAAGACUACUCGAUGUGCGAAAGAGCAUGGAUUGAGAGAGGAAAGUACAGAUCCACCACAGCAUACCAAUCCUUGCCUCGUCGCACCAAGGCACAACUCGAUUUCAACUUUGCCCGCGAGAUGGUAUUGGCCCUCACCCACCUGAAACUACUACAGGACGCCGUUCAUGUGGUUAAGUCCUCGGAGAAGCAGUUCCCAUGGAGCUUCUACACGUUGAAGCCACUCUACGUUGCCUGUGAGGAAGUUGGAGACUACGCAAGUGCCCGUGAAAUCAGUGCCAUCUGUGGAAAGGACAAGGCAAGACAUAGAAACUUGUCCUUGAGAUGAGCCAACAAACCCAGGAGAACAAGCAGAUUGUCGACAACCCUGAAGCUUCCCUUCGACCUGGUCAUGACGAGUUAAUGAGCCUGUAUAUACGUAUAUCUCUUCAUAAUAAUUGCUACAUAG